AUGAACACUGUUCGCUCUGCUAUCCUUUUGCUCGUCCUCCUUGGCGUCGCCAUGGCCCAGCCAGCCAACGUCGUCCCAGCCCUCUACAAUGGAAUGGUUUUCCUGAGAUCCUCCCAGGACUACAACGCCGAACACGGAGUCGCCAACUCUGUUAUGAACAGAGUCCCAGGUCAAGGUGCCGGAUGCUGGGCACCAUACUCAAUGAACACUAACCAAUGGAUUAUGGCCAGCUCCAUCACCCCAUUCGGUGUCAAGGGAAUUGCCAUCCAAGGUAGAUACGACUACGACCAGUGGGUAACAUCAUUCCAGAUUCACUACUCGCUCGACGGCAUUAACUGGACCCAGAUGUACAACGGUGGCAGCACCACCUUCUACGGAAACUCCGACAGAAACACCCCAGUCUACAUCAACUUCCCAUCGACCAUCACCGUCCGCAACAUCCUCAUCAAGCCAUUGACCUGGUACGGAGGUAUCGCCCUCAGAUGGGAGGUCUUCAUUCCAUUCUUCUAA